AUGCCGAGGCCGCUGCCUGAGCCGCGAUGGCCAGAGCUGGACCGACAUGGCCACCGUCCCCUGUGGCCCAGCGACCCUGCCUGCGCCAUGCACAAUGUCUCCUUCGCCCUUCGCGCAAACAAGACCUUCCUGGUGUCCUUCCCGCGGUCCGGGAACUCCUGGACGCGCUACCUGGUGGAGGGGGCGACGGGGGUGGCCACGGGGGCGGUCUAUGCGGGCGAAAAACUCAUCCACUUCGGUAUGAAGAGCCAAAUGAGAAAUCUGCACGGGAAAGUCAUACUCAUCAAAAUCCACGCCAACGACAGACGAAGGGUUCCCGACCACGUCCCUGUGAUAUUACUCAUAAGAAAUCCCGCCGAGUCUAUCAUUUCCUUCUUCAAUUUCUUGAACGGGGAAGGAAGCAACGAGAAAUGGCUCAGGAAUGUAACCUAUGAUGCUUACUUUACCAAAGAUUUUAGCGACCACUUCGACCUUCAAAUCCUAAAGUGGAAAAAGCUGGCCACAGACCGGCUCCUGUACUCCCAACGGCUGCUGGUGAUCCCUUACGAGGAGCUGAAGAAGGACCCGAUCGCGCAGGUGCGGAGGGCGCUGGCGUUUCUGGGCGUUCCGGCGGACGAAAGGCGCCUCGAGUGCCUCCGACGCUACCCAGAGGGGUUCAGACUGGGGUUGCAGAGACAGGUUGACCCAUACACACCCGAGCAGAAAUUGGCGCUGGCGAAAGCUGUGGCUGAAGUUUCUGAACUACUUCGUGAAAGAAACUUCCCUCCGCUGCCUGCCUAUGAUUUGACACAUAAAUGA